AUGGCUGUAGCAACGUCUUCGUCAAGCGUUAGUGAAUAUUUAUCACAUAAACAAUCGUCCUCUGAUAAGGCAAUAGCUGCUGAGUGGGCACAAUUAGAAGAAUAUUAUAAUAAAAAAUUAUGGCAUCAACUAACAUUGAAAUUAGAACGAUUUGUAAAAAAUCCAGAACUUUGCAAGGGGGAGAACUUAGUGCAAGUCUAUCAAAAUUUCAUAACCUCGUUUGAAAAUAAAAUCAACCCUCUGUCUCUAGUUGAGAUUUUGGCUAUAGUUGUGCAACAGAUAGCUGAUAAAAGAGAAGCUAUAAGUUUUCUUGAAAAACUUGCUGAAAAGGUUAAAAAUAAUACAGAGGCACAUGCAUUAUGCCAGGUGCUUCGUGGUCAAAUAGCAUUAGAACAUUUGGAAGAUUAUGUGACAACAAAGCAGAUAAUAACAUCAUUAAAAGAUACAUUAGAAGACUCGGGUAGUGUAACUUCAGUACAUGGACGAUAUUACCAAUUAGCCGCACAAUAUUAUAGAGUUCAAGCUCAGCAUGGAGACUAUUAUAGAGCAGCAUUGAGAUAUCUAGGAUGCAUUGAUAUAAGCGAACUUUCUGCUGAAGAACAGCACAAACAGGCAUACUUUUUAGGGCUUGCUGCUCUUCUUGGAGAUGGUGUUUAUAAUCUAGGAGAAUUGUUGGCCCAUCCAAUACUUCAAUCUCUUAAAGAUACAGAAAAUUCUUGGAUGAUUGAUCUUCUAAAUGCCUUUAACAGAGGAGAUAUUGCAGUAUACGAAAACAUGCGUCCAAAAUGGACAAAAAUCACUGACUUGGUAGUAAAUGAAAUAGCACUCAGGCAGAAAAUUUCUCUUCUUUGUCUCAUGGAGAUGACUUUCAAGAGGGCUGCUAACAACAGGCAGCUUAAAUUUGAAGAUAUUGCCAUGGAAACUAGAUUACCUGUUGAUGAAGUAGAAUUUUUGGUCAUGAAAGCAUUAGCUCAAGGAUUAGUUAAAGGCGCUAUUGAUCAGGUUGCUGGUGUAGUGAAUAUGACAUGGGUUCAACCUCGAGUUUUAGAUAGAACACAAAUUGGAGGUAUGGCAAUGAAUUUGGAAAACUGGUGCACACAAGUAGAAGCUAUGGAAAAUCUAAUUGAAGUAAAGGCAUCUGAAAUAUUAACACUUUAAAUUUCUGAUUCCUAUAUUUCUGAAAAGUUUGCUUGAAAUAUUUUAUAUGUUUAGGCUUAUGUAUAAUUACAUUAUGAACAAUGUUUCCAUAUAUUAUUGCUUAUAAAAUUUUUAGACAUGUAUUUGUUCAAUAUUUUUAUAUUACAAUUGUAUUAAUUACACACAAAUAUAUA